GCCAUCGCCGGAUCGUGCGGUAGUGAACGUGAGCUGUAGCUGAGCUAGUUGCUGCUGCUGACGGUGACCAAGUGGUUAGCGCAGACAAAAGAAACAUCCGCAAGGGGGUGUGAAAGAAAAAGCAAGCAAGACAAGGAGAGAGAGAGAGAGAGAGAGAGAGAGAGAGAGAGAGAGAGAGAGAGAGAGAGAGAGAGAGUGAGGUACAGGAUGGAUGAACCGUUGCUCGCAAGGUGUGUUGCCAUUAUGUCGCUCCUCAUUCUGGCCGGUGCGAUGCAGACCGAUACCGAUCGCUCACGGAAGACGCCACUGCCUGCACCGGCUGCUUUUCUCACAACCAACAAGUGCGAUGAUUCCCACCCCUUGCUCCUGGCUCCCGAGGCACCGUACGAUGUCAGCACUCUACCGGACUGUGGUUGCCCAUCGGGAUACACGGCGCUCCUGCUGGAGUAUGAGCGUACGGUGGGAGGCAGUACACUUUGUGCGGCCCUCUGGUCACCGGGCCCGUCGCACGAGGGUUGCAUCGCCGCCGGUACCACCACCGACUACUACGAUCUACCGAUGGGAGAACGGCGCUGGGUCCGGGAUCUGCUGCUUGAGCUGGGCGUGUCGGAGUUUUGGAUUUCGGCACGGAUGCUCACGCCACAGGGUCCCCUGGUACGCCGUCUACCCGGUGCCAGCUGGAACCGACCACUGUUGGUAUCGUCAAUCCAACGUCAGCAUCUCGAGCUCGAUCUGAACGCGCCGAAUUCCGACGACGGAGACUGUGCCGCUGUCGGUGGUCCCGAUUACGAGCGCAUCUUUCUCGCUAACUGCUCCCGGGCGCUGCCACUGCUGUGUUUGGUUCGGUUACCAUCGCUACUGCAGCUCAAUUGCCGGAAAGGUGAACUAACGACCCGGUACCGUGACAGUACAGUGCAGCAGCAGUGCUAUGCCGUGCUGCCUAUGAAAGACCGGGACCGCUACCCGUUGGCUGACUAUCGGCUGUUCGUGGUGGACAGUGCCCGUAAGGCGCAACUGCUGCACGAUCUGCUUGGGCGUGCGUCGAAGAGCGGGAAGGGCUGCCGCACGCCGUACUAUAUCGAUGUGACCAAGGGCGAAAGUCCGGCCGGUGCCAGCUUGACCGAGCUGACGGUCGGUGUGGAAAAGUCCCACAACUGUCUGGUGGUGCAGCGCGAUGCUUGCGAUGGAUUGCCGGAGUGGACCGGCACCGGCGUACCACCGGCCAUGCAUCUGUACUUCGACCAGGAACGCCACAAGCUGCUGCUGACCGUGUACGGGCAGCGGUGGUUCUGGCGCGAGAAGCAGUCGACCCCCGGUUUCACCUGCUACACCGAUGCCGGCAGCGAUCUGAUCAAUCCGGUUCGGGUGCGUACGGUACGGGGGUACGGGAAGGCGCGGGCACGGCAACGUCGUGCCCAUCCUCGAGGCAAUCCCACCCCCAGCACGGAACGCGAGCCCGACGAGGAGUCGGCGCUGGAGCUGACCGAACGCAGUCUGUACGAGCUGACGCUGGUAGCCGGGCAGCCCGGGCAGUACUGGUGCGAGGCGCACCUGCUGCCUAACUUUACGCACCUCGUCACACCGGCCACGUACGCCUACCGGAAGGUGGAGGGUAGAUUGUUUUUCGCGAUCACGCUGGACGCGCGCACACCGGAGGCGAUGCGCCCGAAGGAGUACCGGGCGCUGGUGAAGGACACCCUGAAGCGGCACCGGCAUCUGGCGAAGGUAAAAGACGUUUACGGUGCGCUCAAGGACAUGCAAGUGCGGCAGGCGAUACCGCUACGUGAUCGCGCCGUAGGGCAGCCGGCGAUCGGCAAACAGAGCGAGAUCCCGGUUCGCCUCGUGCUGCACCUAGCGAUGGCACGUAUCGAGGACUGGAGCCAUUUCACGGGCGCCUGGGAAUACGAGGAGAACGUGAUCGCACUACCAGAACCGUAUCUGGCCAUCUAUCGGAUGCGCCAGUGUUUGCGCGAUGCCUUCGAGAUGGUGGCCAGCAGCAACAGCAGUGACGCCGCUCCGUUCCGUGUGCUUGGGGUGAACAGCACCGAGUACUGUCUACCGGAUCGUCUAUCAGGACCGUCAGCGCACGGGCACGUCUGGUGGACGGCCCGGCUCGGGGAAACGAUUGCACCCCAGAACCUGUGCGUGGUCGAGCGGUUCGGUUUGCCACCGACGCGCCACUGUCAGGGUGACUAUCUGUACGGAUGUGCCUGGAACCACGACGACGACGACGACCGGCAGCAGCCUGCGACCGGCCCCAACCGUCGGUUACAGUGUGCACCGAUCCAGCCGACAACGACCGGUGCCCUGUACCAGUAUAGUGCCGCACCGCUCAACGACACACAGACGGUACGGGAGGCCCUCGGUACCAUCGAGCAGGUACUGUCCGGAUCGGCCACCCUCAUACCGGCCGAUCUGUUCUACAUCGCCAAAACGCUCGACAAUGCGCGCGAUGGACUGUUGCUACCGGCGCUGCUCACCGAUCCACAGCUCUACUGCAACAUCACCGCCAUCAUGAGCCGCAUCAUGUACGUCAACGACUCGCUGGUGACCGUUUCGCAGCGUGCCCUCAACACCACCAACAUACUGCUGUACGCGACCGAAACGAUCGUGAAUCAGCUGUUACCGGAGACGCUCGUUACCGGGAGUGUCGCCCGAUCGUUGCGCUACGACUGUGAGCAAGGCCGAACAAGUGGUAUCCAGUCCCUUGCUGAGACCGCGACCGAGCACGGUGGUACGGUGGUGUUCCGGAGCGCCCGGUUGAUUGUGUUGAUAGCGGAUCCGACCGUAGCGAACGUCUCCGGGGUGGCACUGUUCCGGGUGGCAUCCGUUCUCCCAGAAGAAGAGUUCUCCCAUCACGGGGAGGACGAUUUUACCAACUACACGCUGAAGUUCCUGUAUGCCAACCAAUCGCAGGAGGCACUGCUGGAGGACGAGGGCCUCGAGAUCGGUGCAUUCAUACCGCAGUCCGUCCUCGACGGGCUAGCAACACUGUAUAGCGCCAUGCAACACACUACCAUCGAGGAAGAACAGGAGGAUACGGCAAAUGAGCAGCAGCAGGAGGAGGAGAAGGAGGAGGAGGAAGAAAUGGAGGAGAUCGGUACGACCACAGAGCGGUUGGUGGUGACAGCAUCACCAUCAUCACCACCACCACCACCACCACCGGUGCGCAUCGUCAUCACCAUCUACUACAACGACCGGGCAUUCCGGGAGACCCGCAAUGGGACGAUUGCGCGCCCGAACGCCAAAAUCAUCAGCGUCAGCCUGCCGGGCUAUGGUUCGCGUAUGCCGGACGAGAUACCGAUCUUUACCCGGGAGCACCGAGCCAGCAGACAGCGAAACGAAACCGGCCGCUGCGGUUACUGGUCGUUCGAGCGGCGCGACCGCGAGUUUGGCCGCUGGGCGUACGAGGAGUGCCGGUUGCGGGGGGAGUCGGGGGCGCGCAAACUGUGCGCCUGCUACCAUCUGACGUCCUUCUCGCGCCUCACGAUGGAUACGCAGCUGGUGGAAUCGGUCGGUGUCUCGCAGAAGCUGAUCGCCGAUCAGGCAUCGUACGCCCUGGACGUGAUCACCGCGAUCGGUUGCUCGCUGUCGCUGCUCGGUGUGGCGGGUAUCGUCGCGACCGCCCUCCUCUUCCCUUCCUGGCGCUCGAAGGCGAGCAGCAAGAUACUGCUCCAGCUGUCCGGUGCGAUCGCCAUCGAGAUGAUCAUCCUGUUCGUCGAGGGUCCGGACAUCGAUGUGCGGCGCAUCAGCCGGAUCGAGUGUGCCCUGCUUGGCAGCACCCUGCACUACAUCAUUCUCGUCACCUUCCUGUGGAUGCUGGUGACAGCGUACCUGCAGUUCCAGCGCUACGUGAAGGUCGUCGGUCGGCUCCGACCGUCCCACUUCAUCCUGAAGGCGACCACCCUCUGCUGGGGGUUGCCGCUCGUACCGGUCGCCACCUUUCUAGCGGUGGACCAUGCGCUCUAUCUGAAGCGUGACAACCUGUCGGACAUUUGCUACCCGCACGGGGCGGCCCUCUGGUACGGGUUGCUGCUACCGAUCGCCGUCAUCAUACUGCUCAACUUUGUCAGCUUCGUCGUCGUGCUGUACCACAUCUGCACAAUCCGCACGGAGCGGAAUCGACCGGCGGUGGCGGCGACGGCGACGACGGCGACCGGUAAGGUGACCGAGCACGACCUCACGCUCGCCCAGCUGCGCCUCUCCGUCUUUCUCUUCUUCCUGCUCGGGUUACCGUGGAUCUUCGGUAUGCUGACGACCGGCACGGAGGAGAAGCUGUUCGCCUACCUCUUCUGUCUGACCGCACCGGUGCAGGGGUUCGUGCUGUUUCUGUACUUUGUCGUGAUGGAUCCGGUCGCACGCCGGCUCUGGCUGGUGCGGUUGCACCGCUGGACGUUCCUCACCAGCGGACGAUCCCAGCAGAAGGGCAGCAACCACACGGAUAUGGAGAAGGAAACGACUGCCACACGGAGCACCUCGCUCAACACGCAGCUCUAGAGGAGCCAGCCCCAUCUGCCAUUUGAUAGUAGACCGCUCGCCUGCUCGCUCGCAUGCUCUCUCUCUCUCUCUCACACACACACAUUCUUUCCCCGUUUUCUCUUUGUCGCUUACCUCGCCUAGUAAUCACCCCGGGAGCAGUUGGAACCGGGAUCCUCUGAGUUCGAUCUGCUGUUCGAUCUUUAAAAGAGAGUCCACUUGGGCUCUGUUUUUUGUUGUUGUGUUGCUUAACGAACUAAAAGGAACCGCACACACACACACACACACACACACACACCUCACGCACUCCAGUAACAGUUUACACGAACGCACGGCUGGCUCCUCGACGGUGUUCUGCGUCCACCUGACUGUGGACCUAAGGAGUAACUGAGCGACGCCCUUUCGCAAAUGUCGCUGCCGAGCCAAGGCACCACGCAACCGACACCACGAUCCGCCCGCGAGGGGUAGGAGAAGGGUUUUCGGAUUGGGAUACGGGACGACGGUACGACGGUUGACGCCACACAGUUAGAGAAGCGCAAAAGUUCGUUAGAAGCGCAAAAGUGAAAUACGAUUAUCCAAUCGAGCGGUCCGGAGCGGUCCUUUUCCCCCGGUGUCACUCCCCGGCAUUGUGGCCUCAUAUGAUACCCUUUCACGCACCCCCUUCCUCCCCUUCGAAUACGUCUGAUUACGGGACAUUAUUCAAUUUAUCCCUGCUGGAGCUGGAAGACCCCCCCGGAGAUGUGGUGGUAUGGGCAGGAAUUGAAGGAGAUUCAUUCGUUUAACCACUUCAGCACAGUACUCUUUAGCAGUAAUGGUGGUGCUGGUGGCCCUGUCACAUUACUACGCCGCCACCAAACGCCGCACGCCUCUGCUGCGCGAUAUCCGGCUGGUAUCCGCAUCGCCUUCAACGCGUCAAACGCGUCAAUCUUCAGUUCUCGUGACGUUUGUGUACUCGUGACGCUCAGCUCAGCGAGCCGCAAACAAUGCUAUGUUGUGAAGGUCCUAGAAGCAGAUCGGUGGGACACUGCCUAGUGCCACACACCAGAUUGCGCAAGAUAGUUUGCUUCUACGCUCCUGCGUAUCUGAGUAGCAAACCCUGAGCAAUUGCGAGACGUCGAGAGUUCAAUUGAGGCCCAUGUUGACGCUACUAACUAUGAGGGAGGUGUUGAAGGGGGGUGGGUGGGCACUACAGUAUAAUUGAAAUGGAGCCACUUCUGAACCACUCCGAGACGCCAAACCGGACGUGAUGGGUUCGUUUAACGCCAGCCUCCUCAUCCUCCUUCUGGUGAGUGCUUGUACUGUCAAGAAGCGAAGUGCAUUAACCAUUUCUCUGCGCUACUAGGCACACACACACACACACACACAAGCGCGUGCGCACGCGUGUUGAAGGACCAAUUUACGCAGCGUUUAGCUUAACUUUGUGGUUUUUUAGGGUUCUGAUUCAUGUUUUUCUCCCACAACGGCUACAAACGGCGCAGCAAACUAAGUAGUACAGCAGACAGCAAAUCUGUCAAAUGUCGAGGAUAGCAACAUGAAAGUGAUAUGCAUUAUUUUGACCAAAGGUAACUUAAUAUGUUAACCUAAUAAAUGCUACAAUGGCAGUGGUGUAAGGUCAGAGACAGACCGCCCCACCCGUGGACCAUUGUCUCCAUGCCUCGGGGCCAUUCUGUCACAACCAUGAUAAGAGAGUUAUCACAUCUGUCGCAGCAGCACCGGCGCCAGCCUCUUUCUAAUCUCGUAUAGCUGCAGGCUGCAGGCACUAGCCUCCUGAUAAGUAAGACCCAUGAUUGCUUGGCAAUGGGAUUAUCCCGCAGUCGAUCGAUCAUUGCAGUCGUUGCAUAGAACCACGCCCUGGUCCAUAUUUAUUCACUGAAGGGAAUCGCUGCGUGACCACGGUAACUGGAAGAAGAUUGAACUGAAGCUGAAGCAUCCCAGCACAGCAGGGGGUGCGUCAACAGCAGUAAACACCGUGCACCGUCUCGCGCCUCCUUCGUUCCCACAGGAUAACCGCAGCCUUGCCUUCUAUUUAAGCAAAUGAUGAUGCGUUUGUCCCGAUAGCGAGAGCUGGCGAUCGACCGAAAGAACCGAGACAGAAGACCCGCGGAGACACUCACAGCAAUGGGGCAAACGUCAUUCAACCGGCAGGUAGGCAGGUUUAGGUCAAACAAGAUAUAAACUCGUUUCGUUUCGGAUUUGCAUGAAGCACAACUACAACACACAGCAACAGGGGACCACAGAAGGUGGAAUAGGGAAGGAAAAAAAGAGCAAAACAGGAAGCAGAAGCAGAAUGCAAAAGAAAAAAAAAACACACACAUUUCUCUCCGAUCAAAGACCUCCGUCGUUGCUUCCGUUGCUCGCGAGAUCGGAGGGCGAGAGCGUGCGAAGAAUGGGCCCGAUAUUCGGAACCAAAUCAACCGGACCAACCUGGCCACGGUCAUCUAAACAUACGGUACGUCCGUUCUUAUAUGUGUUUAGAAAAAAUCUGGACGCGGCCAUGGCCUUGGUCCAUAUAUUGAACAAUGAAAUUGAAAUGUUAUAUUAAAAUAUUAUUUAAUAAAAUUAACAUAUUCGAUUGAAUAAUCUUG